AUAUUUCAUAUUUUGUGACCCAGACCUCAAAAGAACUGUAAUAAUAUUUAAGAAGCUGCAGGGGCUUAAAACAGUUCUUUUCAGUUCCUUUGUGCUGCUGCUGCUGCUUUUACCUGCUUUGCUGUCUUAUUUGGGUCUGGACACUUACAGAAAACAAGGAAAGAGUUGGUCCCUGAACGUGGUGCCUAGGAUGCCAAAAAAGCCGCGCUAGAGAUUUGAUGAGAGCCACGGCUAUUUUUGUAAGGAGCUGAUACUUUAGUCUGGGCUGCAAGCAUUGCCUUGGGAAAGGGGUUAGUGUCUUGGGAGGUGGGGAGGGAGGGCUUCACUAAGAAGAUAGCUCAAAAAGAAGAAGAAAAGACCCCCAAAGAAAAAUCAGAACUGUGGAGGACUUCCCACCCUUCAAUUUGCCGUCUCCUGCAAAAGUCAGCGCUGACCCUGGUCACAUCCUCUCAGCUGCCAGUAUAACUUAACCUUUUUCACCAGUGUGUUCCUUGCCGUCACCAUUAUGACAGAGAUUACAGCAGAAGGACCUGUGUCCACCACUACAGUGAUAGACAACAAGAAUGGAACAGUCCCCAUGCCACAUGUGAAAGUGUCCAAGAAAGUUUCAGAAGACUUUGCCACCACGUUCAGCUCACCAGCAGCAUGGCUACUUGUCGCUGCACUCAUUGUUACCUGGUCAGCUGUGGCCAUUGUCAUGUUCGACUUGGUAGAUUACAAAACCCUGGCAGGAAUACAUCAACUUGAUAUUGACAAAGAUGUGGGGAAAGCUGAGAUCCCUAGAGGGCAAUCUGUCAACAAGCUCACCACUGAUCCACUGAGACUCGUACAUGGUGCAGUGGAAGAAACAACAGACUGGGUGUAUGGCUUUCUUUCAUUAUUGACCGACCUCAUAUUUGAAGAUGAAGAUGAGAGCGAAAGAGGUGAAGUGGCACCUUCCUUGAAAAUAAAAGAAGGAAUCCAACCACCGGUCAAAAAGAAAGAAAUCCACAUAGAUAAGCCUGAAAAACCAGAGAAAACUGAAAAGAAGCCACCACCCAAAGAAAUCCAACCAGACAAACCUGUAAAGCAUGAGAAAAUUGAAAAGAAGCCUCCACCCAAAGCAAUUCCCAAAGAGAAACCUGAAAAGCCAGAGAAAGCUAAGAAACCUGAAAAGCCAGAGAAAGUAGAAAAACCUGAAAAAAGAGAAAUCUCUAAAGCAAUACACAAAGAAAAGCCCGAAAGACAUGAAAAGCCUGAAAAGAAAGAAAAGCCUGACAGGAGCGGCAAACCUGAACGACCUGAAAAAGUGGGGAAAGCCAAAGAACCCCCCAAAGAGAAACCUGCAAAGGAAGAAAAGCCUAAAAAGAAAGCACCGCCUUCCCCAAAAGACAAGAAGAGCAUAAAGGUUGAAGACAAGGCUAAGAAGGAUGUGAAGGAAAGAAAACCAGAACCCAAGGCACCCGAAAAAGUGAAGCAUAAGGAAACCAAAGCAGAGGUAGUUGCGCCUGCCAAAGCCAAAGCAAAGGAAGAGACAGCACUGGUGGUUACAGAAAAGUCUGAGAAGAAAGAUCAAUAUGCAUUCUGUCGUUAUAUGAUUGACAUGUUUUCGCACGGGGAUUUGUAUACAGGGCCGCCUCCUCACCUUUGGUUUCCACAGACCCCAGCAAUGACACCUGCAAUCCCCGAUGUUGAAGUUGGAAAACCUAAUGUGACAACUACAAAGCCAAUAAAAGAAGAAAAAGCGAAAAAAGUGGUUCAACAGAAGAAAGCUAUUCCUGAAGUUAAAACAAAAGAAGUGGAAGAAAAGAAAAAGGUAACACAUGAAAAGAAAGUUAUUCCUGAAAUUAAAAAGAAAGAAGCAGAAAAAGAAAAGGAGGUGGUAACCCAUGAGAAGAAGGUUGUUUCUGAAAUUAAACCAAAAGAAAAAAAAGAGGAAAGAAAGAAAGCUCCUGAGAAGACAGCUGUCCCCGAAGUUAAAAAAGCAGAUAAGAAAGAAGCUGUUUUGACAAAAGACCUCAAAAAGCCAGCAAAAGCUCCUGCAGCCCAACCAGCUUCUGUAAAAGUAGCAGCACCAGAACCACACAAAAAAGAAAAGCCAGUAGAAACAGCCAAGCCCCCAAAGAAGGAUCUGCCUGUCAAAGCAACUGUGACACAUGAAGCUCAUAAACCAAAAGUGACCACAGAAGUUCAUAAGCCAAAAGCACUACAUGAAAAGAAAGAAGAUAGGCCGUUGAAGGUGGUAGAGAAAGAGAAACCAAAACCAAAAGAAUCAAAAGAUGCCAAAGAAAAAGAAGUAAAGCAUCACCCAGCAUUGAAAGACAAAGAUGCUGCAAAAGAAAAAGUGAAGCCUCCAGUUGCUGCCAAAGAGAAAGAACCUGGCAUAAAAAAGGAAGUCAGUCUACCUAAAGCAGGCAAGAAAGUGGAACACAAACGACCAAAACAAGAAAGCCUUAAACAUGAAAAAGAAGUUCCUCAAGUAAAACCAGCCAAGCCUAAAGAAACUAAAAAACCAUCAGCUGAAACCACAGUAGCAGCCAAGAAAAAAGAGACGCCUUUGAAGGAAAAAGAAGGGGAAAAAGUGGAGAAGGCACAUUUUAAAGAAAAAAAGGUCACAGUCCCAGCAGUAAAAGAAACCCACUACCAUCACAAUGUGACAACAGACAAGAUUUCAAAAGCUGCAAGAGCAAAGGGACACACUGAUCUAAGUGCAACAAAGAAAGAUAAAUCUGCUGUCCGCUAUUAUCAGUGUGUCUUUGUAAAUGGAUACAAUGGGCAUAAAUCCCAACACCCUGUUACUCCAGCUCCAGACUACAAAGGGAAGGCUGGACAGCCAAAGACUUCUGGGCCAAAGACCAAGGCACCAAAACAAUAAGAGUCACGCAACCUGCGACAUUAUGACAAUUUUGCACUUUGUGCCCUGUACAGAGGGCCACGUGAAAUACAUUGGCACCUGUGAUCAUAGAAAUGUGAUCCAAUAGGUCACAUGCACUUGGAAAGGUUGUCUGCUCAUCUCCAGAGGAGCAGAGGCAAAAAGAGGGGAGAUGUAACAGCAUUUUAGAGAAUCUCCAAGUACUCCUUUCCUGAAGGGAAGCAUGGUGCUGAAAUAGUACUUGACAAAAAGUAAAGUUGUGUAUGUGUGUGUGUGUGUGUGUGUGUAGGGGGAUGUUCUUACAGAUGUUUCCGUCUUGUGUUUUCAAAGUCUUGUUGGAACAAAAAGCAUUUUCCAAGUAUCAAUUUACAACAAAUGUCCCACUCAAAAAUACUUAGGCACAGGAAGAAUAAUUUGUGACAGUAUUCUCAAUCUAUGCUUGUGUUCAUUUAAAUGGAUCAAUGCCAAAGUUAUUUGCUGAAUCAUAACUCUGUUUCAGGAGCUUUUCUUUUGUCCUUAAAGAAUACACUGUAUAGCAAUCUGAUGAUCUCUUUGGAGGCAUGCAAUGAAAACCUGCCAUAUAUCUGUGAAGAUAAACUCAAUUAUUUCCCAGUUUUCUUUUAAAAAAUGGAGGAUAUGCUGGGCUAGCAGAGAUGAACUAAAUGAAGGAUAAAGAGUUUAGGGGUUUUUAGACAUGGACUUGGUGUUUUAAAUUUUUUCAUAUGCAUUAUCCCCAAACUAUUCCAAAUCAUAUUCAGUAUUAGCAUACAAUGUAUAAAUGGGAAAAACCAGUAACUAUUUGGCCCUGGAGAGAUACAAUGGGAAACUAUGCUACUAUUAUUGAAGCAAAUUAUGUACUCAGCUAUAUAUGUCUUAUUUGUGCAGUACUGUCCCAAUUAGAUAAAGUAAGAUUAUGCUCAGUUUUGCUGCAUUUCCACAAACACUACACUCUUAAUUACUUUUAGUUUGGAGACUUGAAAUGAGCAUCUAACUCCUAAUCUAUCUUCAUUUUAUGUUUUGAGACUGAUUUCUUAGCAUCAAAAUGAAAUGCACAAUAUUGGUCUAGAUGAGGAUGUCGGAAUAUCAUUAUUCCAAUUGUCAGUCACAGUAAGUCUGUAAAUAAUAAUGUGUCCUUGCAAACAAGUUGUUCUAUAUAUUUGUGUUUUGUCUAUGUUGUUAUACACUUGUAGUUACAAUGUCAAACCUCAUGAAUGUUUGUAGGAUACUUCUUUAGACAAAUCUACUUAACACAUGUAAACUUUAUUGUGUAUACUAUGUUUCCAGGAGGAAGAUAACAUUACCAUAGAACUGGCAUUUAUUUUUAUAGGAAGGUACAAUUAUUCGGAUAAACUGUGCCUUAAGAGACUUGACCAGUUCACGACAAUGUUUGGACAUCUCUUUUUUUCACCUCUAGGUCAAGCUAGAAGUGACUGGAAUUCAUAACAGUCCAAUUACUGCCACUAGUGGAAGGGAGGAAGUCCACUAUGUGUUGAACUGGUACCUAGUAAUGCAAUCCUAUGGAUGGCUUCUCAAAAGUAAGUCCCACUGAGUUCAGGGACCACACUGGGUAUAAGAUAGAAGCCUAAAUCAAAAGAGACCUAAGUAAUUUAACUACAUGGUAAAUUGUCCUAGUGAGAAGAAUAGCUCAUUGGAAGUACAGACUUUCAGGACUGCUUCCUUUGCUAUAGACUUUUCCAUGGAUAAGUAAAAUGAGUAAGGAUAACAACUUUAACCAACAAAGUUGUUUUGGAAAACAACAACUCUAGUGCCUUUUCAGUGUAUCUGCAAAAGGCACUUCUGAUAUCUCUCAAUGCAACUGUAUCUAUAGAUACAAAAGUGAUUGACCUUUUUGAUAUCAUGUCAUGCUUGGUGAAAUAAUUCAUACUUUAUACCUCAUAAGAAACACCAAGACUUUUAACAGUGCCUGAUCAAGAUGUGAAAUUGCAGAGCUGGUGUCAGAUUAAUUUGUCACCAGACCACCUAGAUCAGGAAUGAACUAUGCUAAACAAUGAGUGCAGAGGUUUCAGAUCCCAAAUGCAGGAUCUGGCCUCUUGUAGAUGGAUGGCAUCUACCUCCAAUCUUAUGACACACAGAAACCUUAAGGUUCUGUCAUUUCUUUUUCUUAGCUUUGUCUAUUGUGUAGUAUAGAUGAAUUGGCUUUCCAAAGACCUGCCAGUUUAGCUUGUUUUAAGCCAAAGUUUUCCUGAGGAUUUCAUUUGUUGCUCAUUAUUGCGAGUUUCAGUUAAAACUUUUUUUAGCUUUUUAAUUUGGGCUUUUUGAAGAUUUCACCUUCUCAGUGUUAUUUAACUGUAGAAAGUACCAUAGCGCAUUUGAGAACCGGUUUCCUUCUUUUUUCCCUUCCAAUACCAGAAGGGCUUAGACCAGGAAAUAAAUAGCUAGCUUUAAUCACAAUGUCAAAGUGGUAUGAAUCAGACAUUGGCCCUUGAUCUCAGAAAUAUUAAUUGCUUUGCUUUGCAAACGAGUUGAAUGUUGCUUCAUAAAGCCAAUUAAUCUGAAACCUUGAUAUACCAUUACUUGAAUUGCAUGUUUUAUCCAUAGAAACUUAACUUUGAAAGAUGGGUAUAUUUGUUGCUAGGGAUUUUGCAAAACAAAAUGCGUGUCUCCUAGUGGCUGUGGCACAUUCUUAUCAGUGUGAGAAUUUUUUUGGGGGGGCACCUAAAAGUAGCUUUGUUUAUGUAUAGCUCUAAACAAAUUUCCUGUCCGUGCUCAUAUUGUUAUCACCAAGAAUUAAAUAUAAUGAGUCUCUUUCUACAUGGGUCAUGUUCAAUGUGUGCAUUGUUACAAUUUCACUCAACAUCUUUAGCCAAAAUCCUUUACUCCUAAAAAUAUAUAUGCUUUUGUGUGAGAGCAAAGACUACAAGAGAUGUUGUCUAAGAACUAUGCUUACCAGAAUGCAUCGAGACCUGGUGUUAAAAGACAAAAUCUUCAUCAUGAAAAUAUAGGUCCCAGUGUUUUAAGAUAAAUAUGUUAUGGUUAAAUUUUUGACAGGAGAUAGGGAUUAGAAGCAUAAAGCUUUGUUAGACAACUUGUACAGCAUCCCUAGGUGGGUUCAGGAAGGAGUAGCAGACAUCACAUAUCAGGUCCUGCUAGCUAACAAUGACUAGGAUAGAAGCGGGUGGUAGAUGUUUUUUCCUUACCUUUUCACUAUGCCAUGUGCUGGUGUACCUGAGGGAUUCAAAAGAUGUAGCCCUUUGGGGAGUCCAUAGGGGGACUGGAUCCGGCAGAUCCAAAGCUUCCCCCAUCCUUGAAAAACCCUGUUUUGUGGCCCAUCACCUGAAACCCGGCAGUAUUUUUGCCCUACUAGCACAGAGGAAGCAAAGUGUCAUUCUAAGCCUACUCUAGCUAUUAACAUCAACAGAUUAGGACUGCACUCUAGGAGCUUCAAGAAAAGGAAAGAAAGGUCAGGGGAGGAACACAUAAAAUUAAAAUAGAGCUAUUGGUAACAGGAAAAAAUUCUGUUACAUUGAUAAGUAAACAUUUGAAUAUGACCUAAGACUGGUUUUCCACAACUUCCACUGUGUAUGAGGUGCCGCAUGGAUCUCCCAGUUGCCCAAAGUAGCAACACUACAUGAAUCACUCUGGGAAUAGCUCAAGCAUAAGCAAAGAGAAAUACUAUGGUGGGAAUUGGUAGAUUUAGAGGCACUUGUGUGUAAAUAAGGAGAGUAUAAAUAUGGCUAGGAAGCUAUGUGAAAAGGACACAAGAUCUGAGAAUUAUUACACAGUGAACAGAAGCGGACAUGUUUUACAAAUGGGAGGGGAGCAGAGUCAUAAGAUGAAAGCAUAAAAAGUGGCUGCAAGAGGGGGGAAACAGGGACAAAUCACCAUUUUGAAGUUGGGAGAGGAAUGCUGAGAAAAUUUGAGAGACGAUGCACAAGGAAAGUGAAGGGCAUGCAGACACUGAGUAUAAGCUGGAUGAGAAAGUGAAAAGUUUGGUCUUGAGUUUUGAGAAACAAUGACACACUAUCAGGUUUUGAUAGUGCUGUUGUGCAGCUCCCACAAUGGGUUUAUGCUAUGUUCCUUAGCACUUAGUGUUAAAUCACUAUUGGUUAUUGGUUUCCCCCUGUACGUCCUGUAGGUCAUCACUCCAUACCCAUUCUCUCCAGAGGUUUUCCACACAGAACUUGUGUGAGCAGAACUUUCUGCUGAGACAAAGCCACAACUAGAUUCAAGGCUUUCUCCAGAUCUCAGGACAUCAAGCCUAUCAUGCCUUUUUUAUUCUCUUGGAAAUUCUGAUUAAUUUCAUAAUAAGGGAAUUUAAACAGACAAUGGGGCAUUAUUAUUUAGCCCUAGUAGGCACUCAGUGGUUGAUUACAGGUGCCUGAAUUAGAAACAGUCUCCCGCACACACAAAAGAACAUUUCAGCCCUGCCCACCACACCUCCAAUUCACUAUUGUAUAUCUGUGGGCUACAAGAAAUAGGUCUUGUUGUGAUGAAGGUUGCAUCCAAAAGGCUCUUCAAAAGAAAAAUUAACCAAGGACAGGAAAUGUUUUGUUUUGUUUUGUGUGUUUGAAUGCAUUCUCUGUCUGGAUAGUUAUUUGGUACACACCUUGGCAUACUACUAAAAUGUUUCUGUUCCAAGAGUAUGCCUCCUUAAUAUCUUUGUUCUUCAAAAUAUAUUUGAUAUAGCAGAUAUUUUGUCAUCUCCUAAAUGUUGUAAUUAAUUCUGUGAUACUUUAGGGGGGACGAGGGAGGGGGCAUAUCAUCCUUUAGAUUGAGAUGCUUGUUUGGAAACUUGAGGUUGUACUUACCCAAAGAGGCAUUUAACAAACAAAUGCACUGUUUGGUUUAUGUCAAACUGCCCAAUGUUAUAAAACGUGUCAGUGAUUCAUAUUUUAGAAGGCCUCGCCUAUUCUCCUAAAUAAAAUGCAAAUUAUUUCAA